UUGUAGUUGUUGGCUCCACGUUGAAGCUCACAGCUCGGUCAGCAUCUUUCACGGCGGGGUUUUCUCUGAGGACAACAAGACAUUUAAUAUUUUUUUUUUACCCCACAACUUUAUAUGAGCUCACCAUGACUUUCAGGAGGCUGAAGAAAGUGAACUCCAGCGGGCCAGAGAGUGGAACCGCAUCUCAAGACAACGACAUUUAUUUCCCCUCGUCAAAGUCAGACAGUUGCAGGACUGUGGACUUACCGAGAAACUCAUCGGACGUGUACAACUACAAGACUUUGGCGUACUCUGGAGGGACGCUGCCCAGAAACUUCAAAAAGGGUGGCGGGCUGCAGAAGUGGAAACCCCUCACACUGACACCGGAACCACAAAGAAAGGUGGUGGUCCUGGAAAAAAAUGAAGAGGAGUCGUUUGGUUUCGAGAUCCAGACUUACGGGCUGCACCAUCAAGACCAGAACUCGGUGGAGAUGUGCACGUUUGUGUGCAAGGUGCACGAUGACAGCCCGGCCCAGAAAGCAGGACUUAAAGUUGGGGAUACCAUCGCGAGUGUGAACGAGGCCACCGUGGAUGGAUUUAGGCACAAGGAUAUUGUUCAGCUAAUCCGGGCGUCCGGCAACACACUCAGGCUGGAGACGGUUUACAGUGACUCGAUCCGAAAAGCGGAGCUGGAAGCCCGGCUGCAGUUUCUUAAGCAAACUCUUCACGAGAAAUGGGACGAAUAUCGGUCGUUGAUGAUGCAGGAGCAGAGGCUUGUUCAUGGCAUAGUGCUCAGUGAUGCUGCGGUCUACGAGUCCCUGGAGUCGGCAGGGUUGUACGGCAGCCUCGGCACUCCCAGCCCCGCCACUCCCAGAGCUCUCCACUGCACCGGCAGCACCAGCAGCAGCGCCAGCUUCCUCAGCACGGCCACCGAGGACGACCCUCUCUACCAGACCUGCCUGUACCCGGCGGACCGCAGCGGGGACUCGGCCGGCGACAAAAAGAAAGAGCAGCCCAAACCUCCGCAGAAGCAGCAACGCCUCCGACCGGCCAGCGAGCUCUUCACGACAGCCAAGACGCAGCUGACCCGCAGCGCCAGCACUCGCAGCUACAUGAGGGAAUCUUCAUUGCCGUCGUCCACCUCGGGGGAGAAGCAGGGAGGAUUCAACUCGCUGCAGAGGAAGCCCAAACAGAAAAGCUUCCGUAGGCGCCUCCUCAAGUUCAUCCCGGGCUUGAACCGGCCGCUGGAGGAGGAGGAGAGCAAACUGUGAGCAGCAAACGGAGCUGUUCACCUAAACUUUACAGACCCGAAGACUUUAAGCACCACUGACUGUCGAACUACAUUUCCAAAGAAAAAAGUGCAAGCAGCUCCAAAGAGUGACGAGACCAAAGUGUAUGGCUCUACAGUUGCACUCUCCACGUUUGACCAAUGAUCAUGUGGAUACGUUCUGAAGCCCUCAAUGUUUCACAGCUGUAAAUAACUUUUGUUUCCGUUGUUCUUUAAGUUAUUUAUUUAUUUUAACAUGUUAAUGUACAGAAUUAAGGAUUUCUUUUUUACUUUUUACUGCAUGCACUGACUUUUAUUUUGACAGCUGAGUAAAUGACCCUUUACGAUUUGAUUGUGCAACACGACAUUUAGUAAGAGACAACUUUGAUAUCUAUGUUAGAUGAUAAUUAUUGAUCCUGAUUAGUUUUUUCCGUCUUAAGUCAAGGUUUCUAAAAAAUAAAUUAUGUCAUUUUCUGA